CUUGUCUGAGCAAAGUUCUGUCCACUACUACCUUCACCCCGGCCAAGUAACGCUCUCUACAACUCCAUCAUGUCUGUCUUCAAUGCCUCUCGCCUGCUCGGAAAGACCGUUAUUGUUACUGGUGCCAGUUCAGGGAUUGGAGCGGCCACCGCGGUGCUGUUUGCCAAGGGAGGUUCGAAUAUCAUCUUGGUCGCCCGUCGUGCAGACGCGCUCAAGAAGGUGGCGGACGCAUGUGCUGUUGCUCACAAGGAAUCCGGUCUCCAGCAGGGGGGUAAAUUCGCCUCUGUUCAGCUGGACGUCUCGGAUAAGGCGCAAGUUGCAACACUCUGGGAUAAGGUUCCUCAGGAUCUCCGCAAUGUCGAUAUCCUAGUGAAUAAUGCUGGGUUCGUCUUGGGCGUUGAGCACGUUGGAGACAUUAAACCCGAAGACGUGGAAAGCAUGUUUUCUACCAAUGUCUUUGGGCUCAUUUCCAUGACUCAGUUGCUCAUCAAAGAUUUCAAAGCCAAGAAAGCAGGACAUGUCAUUAACCUCGGAUCUAUUGCUGGACUUGAACCAUACGCAGGAGGAAGCAUUUACACUGCUACAAAACACGCUGUCCGUGCCUUUACUGGAUCGAUGAGGAGGGAACUCGUCAAUACUCCUAUCCGGGUCACUGAAAUUCAGCCAGGAAUGGUGGAGACUGAAUUCUCCAUCAUACGAUACAGAGGCGACACGGCCGCUGCUGGAAAAGUGUACGAAGGCCUGCAACCUUUGACGGCUGACGACAUCGCGGAAGAAAUUGUUUGGGCAGCUGCUCGUCCCCCGCAUGUCAACAUCGCAGAAAUGCUUGUGUUUCCUGUUAACCAGGCAAGCGCCACAAUAAACUACCGGGAACCGAAAUGACCAGUUGAACAUGUAAAGUGAAAUUAGAAGUCCAACAUAUGUAACUAUUGCUGUAUGCUUUUCAUUAUGAAGGGUAAUAACACAGCAAUAAGAUAUAUAAGCACUGACAGAUCCUGGUUAAGCAAGACAUUCCAUGUACAAAUAACAAGCUACU